CCCAGCCGCCGAGCGCGCGCCCGCCGUCCGCGAGUGCGCCUGCGCGGAAACGGGGCCGCGCCUGCUCGCGCCGGGCGCUUGUCGCUCGCCGGCGGCCAUGGGGGAGGCCGAGGUGGGCGGCGGGGGCGCCCCGGGCGACAAGGGUCCGGGAGAGGCGGCCACGAGCCCGGCGGAGGAGACGGUGGUGUGGAGCCCCGAGGUGGAGGUGUGCCUCUUCCACGCCAUGCUGGGCCACAAGCCCGUCGGAGUGAAUCGACACUUCCAUAUGAUUUGCAUCCGGGACAAGUUCAGCCAGAAUAUUGGACGACAGGUCCCAUCCAAGGUCAUCUGGGACCAUCUGAGCACUAUGUAUGACAUGCAGGCACUGCAUGAGUCUGAGAUUCUUCCAUUCCCAAAUCCGGAGAGGAACUUCGUCCUUCCAGAAGAGAUCAUUCAGGAGGUCCGAGAAGGAAAAGUGGUCAUUGAAGAGGAAAUGAAAGAGGAGAUGAAGGAAGAUGUGGACCCCCACAACGGGGCUGAUGAUGUUUUUUCAUCUUCAGGGAGCUUGGGGAAGGCAAUAGAAAAAUCCAGCAAAGACAAAGAGAAGAACUCCUCAGACUUGGGGUGCAAAGAAGGGGCGGACAAGCGGAAGCGCAGCCGGGUCACAGACAAAGUCCUGACCGCAAACAGCAACCCUUCCAGCCCCAGUGCUGCCAAGCGGCGCCGAACAUAGACCUCAGCCCCAGGUGGCAGCAUGUUCUGAUGCUGCAAGCCCCUGCUGCCUAUCCUCAGUCCCAAGUGAAUGUGGUUGUCCAGCAGGGAUGGCUGGGGGGGCUUCCGCCAUGUUGUCAGACAUCAGGGGGCCUAAUGGGAUGGACCCGUGCAGAUGGUGAGGCCCUGAGUCCACCUUCUGUCUUCUUCUGGCUGGCUCACCUGUGCCCAUGCUGCAUGGAGGGGAGCCAGAGGCAUGGAGCCAGAACACCAAGAGUCAGCAAGCAAUAAAACACCGUCCUCACUGUCAGAAGGAGCCAGUCUCCUAGGCACCCGCUCUUUGCAUCUGCUUGUCCCUCUCCAAGGCGGCCUUUUGUGCUGACAUCAGGAGAGCGCGGCUUUGGACCUCAUGCCACACCCCACAGCUCUGGUGGCCUCCCUCCCCACCUGGGAAGCAGAACUGGAUAUUUGCCUCAUUCACUUGUACUGUAAUGAUGUAUAUAUUAUGGUUGGUAUUUCAUUAUUUAAUUUUUAAGAAACAUAUUUUACUAGUGUUUUAUAUGAGAAAAAGUACUGCAGAAGUUAACCCUGUGUUGUAUUUUUUCUGAGCUGUUUUGUUUUAAGAUAUCAACCACCGAGAUAUUUUUUGCUCAGUUUUUAUAUGCCAGAUACAGAGAAUUUGUAGUGGUUAUUUUUGUAAUUCUAGUAACUUGCAAAAAAGACCAAAUGAGAAGGUGGAGGGACAGCCCAGCCAUCAGGCUGACGAGGCGGUGGCCCAGAGCUGGUUGAAGUUUGCUUUCAUUUGCAGAACAUUAAAGCACAGAAAUCAACCUGGAGUUGUGUGGUUCUCAUACCAAGUAAGGAAGCUUUUUUCUGCAGAAGAAAGUUUUGUUUUCCAAGAUUCAAAACUGAAGAGCUCACUUAGAUGAUGUGUUAACAUCACUUGAUACAGUGUACAAGCAAACAGUAACAGGUCCAGAUUGGUUACUUUGUUAAAGAUGACAAGCACUUCCCUGCUGCCUGCUGAGCUGCAUUCAACCAAGGCGGCUGUCUGUGUCCUUCAGGAUGAUGAGCAGACAUGCUUUGCUCUGUCCUGGCAGACUUCACACCCUCAUCUUGACUUCUUGACCCUACCUUGGGACUGAACACCAUCCCCCUACCCGCCCGAACCCCGCCCUCUGCAGGGUUCCCCAGCUGUGAGAUGGCACCGCGUCAGGGCCCAGGGUGAUCUUUGCCAGCCAUCAUUCCCUGGCAGGGCACAGACCAGAUCCAAAUUCCCAGCACAGGAAGAGCAUCUUGUGUGGACACCAGUGAGCUCACCUGGAAGGCACUUGGUCUCCUGGCCUGCCCAGCCCCAGGGGAGACCAGCUGCAUGCGGGACCCUUUGGGCCCUUCUGUAGAGUUGGCAGAUCCACACCUUGUCAGUAACACCCUGCCUGGUGGAGUGGGGUAGAAAACAGUCCUGCUCUCUCUGAGAUGAGGUCCCACACAACCUUGCUCACGCCACAUACUCAGACCGGGAGCAGUGCCGUGAGGAAGAGGCAGAG